AUGGGGAAAAGACCACUGGAUCUGAUUGAUGUCGAGGAGAGUGAGAAUGAUACGAAGAAGAUAAAGGGCCAUAUAGUCUCAGGGCCCGAGGCAGGCAGAUCCCCGUACAGCAACGAAGAAUACACAAUAGGUUGGGUCCCGACAGAUUCUAUAGACAUGGCAGCAGCAAAAGGCAUGCUGGAUGAAGAGCACGGUGAUCCACAAACGCCUCCACAGGAGGCUGAUCACAAUGCAUAUCUCCUAGUAUCCAUGCGCCGAUUCAGGGUCGUCAUCGCUUGCUUACCAAAGGAUGAACUGGGCGCUAGCUCUGCAGCUGCUGUAGCAAGAGCCAUACUGUUCACCUUUCCUAACAUCCGAGUUGGGCUUACGGUGGGAGUCGGCGCGGGAAUACCUUACUACGAUGAUAAUGAAACGCGUGACAUCCGCUUAGGGGAUGUAGUGAUAGGCAGUGAUAGGGGCUCGAGUGGGGCUAUUGUGUAUGACUUUGGCAAGUGGCUUCCCGAUGGCUCAUUCAAGAAUAUGUAUGCUUUGGAUCGACCGCCCCGACCUUUGCGUACUACCCUAGCCAGGAUGGAAGCAGAGCACCAGACUCGUGAGAAUAGGAUCUGUGAAUACAUUGACGGUAUGCUACUUAAGUAUCCGCACAUGAGGAUGAAAGGAUUUGCUCAUCCUGGUUCUCCCAACGAUCGACUGUUCCGAGAGGACUAUUGCCAUGUAGGUGGUAGAUCCUGCGCAGGGUGUGAUCCUUCCCAGCAAAUACAUCGAGAAGAUCGACUUGACACCUCCCCUGAAAUACAUUAUGGGAUUGUGGCCACAGGAAGUGCAGUGGUGAAAGAUGCGCCAACUAGAGAGCAAAUCAAGCAGAGGCAUGGCGCUAUCUGUCUGGAGAUGGAGGCAGCUGGAUUGAUCAACAACUUCCCCUGCAUCGUCAUCCGCGGGAUAUCCAACUAUGCGGACUCUCACAAGAACGACCAAUGGCAUGCAUAUGCAGUUGCCACCGCAGCAGCCUGUGCAAAGAAGCUUCUUGGGUUUGUGCAACUGACGACAUUGGAAGCGGAACCUAAAGGGAAGGAUGUGCUCCAGAUACUUAACAACGGCAAGUCGCGACCUUUAAUAUCGUCUUUAUAUUUGUCAAGGGAUAGUAAUAUUGCGAAAGUGUCCCAUGAAGUCUCUCAAAUCUCAACCCAUCUCACUCAUAUCAAGCUACUGAAGAAGCGGACUGAGAUGCUCAAGCGCCCGGGCUGA